AGGAUAUGAAUACCUGAGAAGCAUUAAUGAGGACUGAGAGAUCUUUGAAAUUGAGCAAACACAAGGACUGGUACAAGAUUCUUGGAAUAUCGAGAAGUGCAUCUAUAUCAGAAAUUAAACGUGCAUACAAGAAGCUUGCUUUACAAUGGCACCCAGAUAAGAAUGUUGAUAAUAGAGAGGAGGCCGAAGCUAAGUUCCGAGAAAUAGCUGUUGCAUAUGAGGUACUUGGAGAUGAUGAGAAACGUGUAACAUAUGACAGAGGUGAAGACAUAGAGGACAUGGGUAUUGGAAUGGGUGGCGGUGGUUUCAACCCUUUUGGUGGUGGGGGACAACAAUUCAGUUUCCAUUUUGAUGGCGGUUUCCCUGGGGAUUUUGGUGAAUUUCAUUUUUGA